GAUGAUGAUGCCUACAAUCUCCCACAGCAACAACAAAGAAUUCCCCACUCUCUCUCUCUCUCUCCCUCUCUCUCUCUCUCUACAGCUUUUGCUCUUUCAUCUCUCUGUUUUUCUUCUAAACAUGGUGAUUAAUCUUUUCUUCUUCUCAUCUCCUUCACUCAUCCUAAGCCCAUGAAAGGCUGAACAGUGUGACUUCCAUGGAUAAGAAGUGUGGGUGUUGGUCAGUCCUCAGUCGCAGCAUCAGAGGUACCUGCAAAACCUCUGCUUCUAGGGACUCUACUCACACUAUUCCAAGAACUAGUCUUGUAUAUGAUGCAGCUACGGAGACAAGAUACCUAAAUGCUAGCAAUCGAGAGAUGUGUGCUCCGAAUGAAGCUCAUAACUCCUCCGAUAAUGCUGAUACAGUUGCACUAGAAAACAAAGGUCAACGCCAGCUGCUCCAGUUUAGUUUUCAGGAGCUAAAAUCUGCAACUGGAAACUUUAGACCUGAUAGCAUUCUUGGGGAGGGUGGAUUUGGGUAUGUCUUCAAGGGAUGGGUGGAGGAGAAUGGGACAGCACCGGCAAAACCUGGAUCGGGGGUUACAGUUGCUGUCAAGAGUUUGAAGCCAGAUGGUCUUCAGGGCCAUAGAGAAUGGGUGGCUGAGGUAGACUUCCUUGGACAGCUUCAUCAUUCUAAUCUUGUUAAACUUAUUGGUUACUGCAUUGAGGAUGAUCAACGACUUCUCGUAUACGAAUUCAUGACCCGUGGAAGCCUUGAAAAUCAUCUUUUCAGAAGGAACAUACCUCUUCCAUGGUCCAACAGGAUUAAAAUUGCGCUUGGUGCAGCUAAAGGCUUAGCUUUUCUCCACGGAGGCCCUGAACCUGUCAUCUAUCGAGAUUUCAAGACAUCGAACAUUUUGCUUGAUUCGGAAUACAAUGCAAAGCUUUCAGACUUUGGUCUGGCAAAGGCAGGGCCUCAGGGAGACAAAACGCAUGUUUCUACAAGAGUGGUUGGAACAUAUGGCUAUGCAGCUCCAGAAUAUGUAAUGACAGGACAUUUGACUUCUAAGAGUGACGUAUAUAGCUUUGGCGUCGUGCUGCUUGAGAUUUUGACAGGCAGGAGAUCAAUGGACAAGAAACGCCCCAGCGGGGAACAGAAUCUCGUUGCAUGGGCUCGGCCAUAUUUGGCUGACAAGCGAAAGGCUUACCAACUAGUGGAUCCUCGGUUGGAACUGAAUUACUCUCUUAAAGGGGUGCAGAAAGUCUCUCAGCUAGCUUACAUCUGCCUUAGCAGGGAUCCAAAAUCCCGUCCUUCCAUGGAUGAAGUAGUGAAGGUUCUCACUCCGCUGCAAGAUCUCAAUGACCUCGCCAUAUUAUCUUAUCACUCUCGUUUAUCUCAACAAGGAAGGCGCAAGAAGAAACCAGAUGGACCUCACCAUCUCACCUACAACCAAUCCAAGAGCAUAAGAGCUUCUCCAUUGAAUACUGGGAAGCAGCAUUGUAAAUAAAGGUUAAUCAAUUCUUCUCCCCUGAUUCGCUCGACUGUCAACUGAAUCCAAAUGCUGGGAGGCCGAUUCCAUAGAAUGGGUUGUAAGAAGAAUAUAAUUAGAAGUUUGUGGAUGGAUGAUCUUUGGCUGUUUGAAAUUUGACAGAGCCAUCAGGACAAUGUAAGAGAAAAGGUACAUCAUUUACCUUCUCUUUUAUAAACCUUAUAGUUAGUAGAGUUGAGAUCUAACUGUCUGUUAUCAUUCUCGCGAUUUGCCUUUAUCGUAAUUGAGAGAUGUCAUUGUAAUUAGAAAAACCUUCCAUUUCCAAGAUUGUUGUUUUCAAAUUCCUGAAUGCCAUCUGCUUUGAGUUUUGGGAA